AUCAUAAACUGUUAACAUCCCUACUGAUCAGGCAUUCUUUCCGUAGUAUGACUCUUACAGCGACACAAAUUCCAACAAAAGCUGAGGUCAAUCUUCGAAGACUCUUGGCUGUUUGCGAGAGACAAGCCUCAGAAGAAAUCAGCUUAAUACGUGGGCCAGAUAAAGUGAAAUACGUAGCAAACAUAAAAUAUCUACGUAAAUUAUUGGAACAGAUUGAAAAGGAAGUCAAUAGUGAGCAGAUCGAUAAAACGGCAAUUAGUGAAUACUCUCGUAAAAUCCAACAAUUAUCGAACAUUGCUGACGAAAAUAAAUUGACAUCUCCAGUAACUCGCACAUUUUCACAAGCGCGUUUUGUAAACCAUGCAAAUCAAACUCAAACGGAGAAAAACAAAGAAAAUCAAUUAGAAUUGAAAAUGGUGCGGCAGGCUGAAAAAGAACAAAAAGAAGAACUAUUACAGCCGCCGACAACAUUCACUAGAGAGCCCGAAGUUAUGAAAACUUAUUCCAAGAAACGAACUGAAUUAUUUUCUUCCGAGGCUCCCGGCUCCGAGAUUAGACAACGAAGAGUUAAUACCUUCGAUCCCGAAGACACGACAAAUAUCGAAAGUGUUCUACAACAUCACCGAAAAACUCAAGAAGAACUUACGAAUGAUUUGGUUAGGAUGGUAGAAAGAUUAAAAUUGAAUUCAGAAACGUUUGGAAAUAUAUUAAUAAGAGAUGAAAAGAUUAUAGAUGAAGCUCAAAAUGUUAUUGGAAGUAAUUUAGAUAGAUUGAAAAGAGAAGGAAAUAGAUUAGGAAAAUACGCUGCACGAUCCAGUAAGACUACUUGGCUAGUUUGGUCGGUUGUAUUAUUUGUGUGCGUUACAUGGUUUUUGAUGUUUAUGUUAAUUCGUAUAAUUCCCAAAGGAUAAUAGCAAUAUGCAAAUUUGGUUUUUUCACAUGACUUGCUGAUUAUCUAUAAAAUGUCCAACAAGAGAUAAUCAAAUUAAUUUUUUUAAUAUUUGUUGAUCUGCAUGCUUCCCUUCUCUAUACUGUUCAAAAGCCAUUUUCCAAACUUUUGUAGUUUUUGCCUUAUAAAGAUACUUUUCUUCAUAAAAAUUUCCAAUCCCCAAAACUCUUUUUACUUCCUUGCGAAUUUCUUCAUUAUAUACAUAAUUUUUUCCUCCAAUGAUUUCAAUAUAUCUAAUCUGAUCAUCAUUUUCAGGAUCAUAAGAAUAUAUCUUAUCAGUUUGACAAAACCUAAACACCUUGCGAGAGGAUUUCGACGUCU